CGCUCAUUUCACAGAACAGCGUUCCCACUUUUCACACACAUUCACUCACUCUCUACAGAACUCGUUUUUUUCUUCUCCCUCGUCUUCGAAAAUGCGUGAGAUUCUUCACAUCCAGGGAGGGCAAUGCGGCAACCAGAUAGGUGCCAAGUUCUGGGAGGUGGUGUGCGCGGAGCACGGGAUCGACUCGACGGGAAGGUACGGUGGGAACAACGACCUGCAAUUGGAGCGAGUGAACGUGUACUACAAUGAGGCAAGUUGUGGCAGGUUCGUUCCCAGGGCUGUUCUCAUGGAUCUGGAGCCCGGCACCAUGGACAGUGUCAGAUCUGGUCCGUACGGUCAGAUUUUCCGGCCUGAUAACUUCGUUUUCGGGCAGUCCGGCGCCGGUAACAACUGGGCCAAGGGACACUACACAGAGGGGGCUGAGUUGAUUGACUCGGUUCUCGACGUCGUCAGGAAGGAGGCAGAGAACUGUGACUGCCUUCAAGGAUUUCAGGUUUGCCACUCCCUUGGUGGUGGAACUGGUUCCGGAAUGGGAACCCUUCUGAUCUCCAAGAUCAGAGAAGAAUACCCCGAUAGAAUGAUGCUCACUUUCUCGGUGUUCCCAUCUCCUAAGGUUUCUGACACUGUUGUUGAGCCUUACAACGCAACUCUCUCGGUUCACCAGCUUGUUGAGAAUGCCGAUGAGUGCAUGGUUUUGGACAACGAAGCAUUAUAUGAUAUCUGCUUCCGCACCCUUAAACUCACCACCCCUAGCUUUGGAGACUUGAACCAUUUGAUCUCAGCCACAAUGAGUGGUGUAACAUGUUGUCUUCGGUUCCCUGGUCAAUUGAACUCUGAUCUCCGCAAACUUGCGGUGAACCUCAUCCCUUUCCCGCGUCUACAUUUCUUCAUGGUGGGUUUUGCCCCCCUCACAUCCCGUGGAUCACAGCAGUACAGGGCUCUCACUGUACCCGAGUUGACCCAGCAGAUGUGGGAUGCCAAGAAUAUGAUGUGUGCUGCUGAUCCUCGCCAUGGGCGCUACCUGACAGCAUCUGCCAUGUUCCGUGGCAAGAUGAGCACAAAGGAGGUUGAUGAGCAGAUGAUAAAUGUCCAAAACAAGAAUUCAUCAUAUUUUGUUGAAUGGAUUCCCAACAAUGUCAAGUCCACUGUUUGUGAUAUCCCUCCAACUGGUCUAAAGAUGGCAUCCACCUUUAUUGGAAACUCCACAUCCAUUCAGGAGAUGUUCCGCAGGGUCAGUGAGCAAUUCACUGCUAUGUUCCGUAGGAAAGCUUUCUUGCACUGGUACACUGGAGAGGGUAUGGAUGAGAUGGAGUUCACGGAGGCCGAGAGCAACAUGAAUGAUCUUGUAUCAGAGUACCAGCAGUACCAAGAUGCAACCGCAGAUGAUGAUGAGUACUAUGAAGAUGAGGAAGAGGUUCAGGAGGAGGAUGCUUAAAUGUUAUAGUGUUUUUUAUUGUGUUUGUUGUGAUAAUAUCGUAUUGAUGAUGUGUUUUUGUUUUUCUACCUUUCUCCGGAUUGAUUUUGCCGUUGUGUGGCUAUGGUAUUAUAGAUUUUAGUAUUUUUCUUGUGCAAGUGUACAAUGUUAAAUUCUUGACCCUGGUAGUUUCCAGUAGUUGAAAUCUAAUUGAUUAUUCUUGCCAUAUUUGAUUA